AUGCUUUUGCUUUUUCGAAAAAUUUUGACUGGAUUGUUUAAUCUAUUGUCAAUUAUUAGAUGUCUUAGAUCAACUAUAGUGCAGUAUGUUGCAUUCAAUCCUCCAGAAGUAGGUUAUUUAAUACGAAACAGAAAUGAAGUUAUAAAAACAUAAACUAUGUCUCCAUUGCAAGAAGAGAGAUCUAAGACUUUAUAUGAACCACAUUCUCCUUUAAUAUAAGUAAAAUAGCCAAAAAGACAGUCACAUCAAUUUACGAAGGAACAUCUUGCUAUAAUCUCUCCAAGAAUUAAAUAUUACAAUACUCUAUAAAAUGUAGAAUAUAAGUAACAAUUAAGAAAUCCAAAGAAUUAGCAGUAUGAACAAUAUAAUACAUAAGUUAAUAUCCCUCACAAGAGUUUAAUUUUAUAAGCAAUGAAUUAAAAGCAAUGGAGAUUGAUAAUAAUCCUGGAUUGCCUAUUUCUAGCUAUGUUUUAGANAUUUGCGAGAAACAUGUUACAGAUGUUACAAGAAAGGUCAUAUCAAAAAAGAUUGUCCUAUGUCAAGAACUCCUAGUGAUGCAAGAAGGUAAUUUAUGUUACAAAAGAAUUAAGAUAAAAAAGAGAUAGAAAAAGAAGAAGAUCAUCCUCUUCAUCGAAAUCUUCUUCAUCUUCAUCAAAAUCUAGAAGAAGAAGCAGAAAUUUCAAAAAAAAUAGAUAAAAUAGAAGAUAAUCUAGGAAAUCAUCAAGUGAAAGUAGAAAAUCAAACUCUUCAUAAACAUCAAGAAGCUCAAGGUAAUCAAUAAACCCAUUAUCAUAGUAAAAAUUCAUGAUAA